AUGUUCCGCCUUCAACAUCUGAUCAAGCGUGACUUGAAGAAGCUCGCUGAGAACAUCACAGAAGGAACAAGGGAAGACGUUGCCGAUGCCGAGGGAGACGUUAGCAGAGGUCUUCAGAUAGUUGAACAUGCUUGCUCAGUACCAUCACUGAUGCUCGGAGAGACUCUUCCGGGUGUGUCCCGUGACAUGGACGUUAUCUCAUAUCGCUAUCCCUUGGGAGUCACUGCCGGUAUCUGUCCAUUCACCAAAUUACCGGAAGCUGGAAUUCCUGAUGGCGGAUGCUUCAACAUUAUUCAUGGUCAGCACGACACCGUGAACUUUAUCUGUGAUCAUCCCGACAUCAAAGCAAUCUCAUUCGUCGGAGGCGACAACGCGGUGGUUCUGUUGACAGCCGCUGCAUUUGGAGCUGCAGGACAACGUUGUAUGGCCCUCUCGACGGCGAUCCUUGUCGGCGAGGCCCGUUCUUGGUUACCUGAACUAGUGAAUAGGGCCAAGCAGCUUCAUGUAAAUGCAGGAAGAGAUUUUCGCGCCGGUUCUAGUUGUCAUGGAAGCAGAAACCUUGAAUGA